GCAAGACGUCGUACGUGCCAGGGUCCAGCAGCAGCAGCAAUUGGCCUUCAUUUAAUACACGUCGAGCGCGGCAAACCGACGAUCACGCGACGAGAGCGUUGCAUAUGGUGGACAGCGUGCAUAUCCAUCGCUGAAAAGACUGAAAGCGCUGUCGUGUUCAUCGCCUCACCAUCUCGCUGCACGGGUUUUUAUAUCGUUACCACCCCUUGCUCUCCUUUUUAGUCAGUCUUUUUGUGCCAAGCCCCCACAUACCGCGCGGCAACCAAUGGGUCGCUCUCUUUCCCCCAAGCCUACAGGCCGCAACAUGCCGUACGCCCCCGCCUAUCCUUCCUCGUACUCGGACCCUGAGAAAGGCCUCCCUUCAUCCCCGUCCUCAUUAGCCCGUCAUAUGCUUGUGCCGAGGAAGCCAAGAUGGAUCCUGGGCGGCUUGUUGAUAUGCGUAGUGAUACUGUACUAUAUGACCAGUAACAAAGACGAAACGGCAUGGGGUCAUGGUGGAUCUUGGGAUGCGGAAGGCGAUGAUUCGAGGGCCGGUUCGAAACCUUCAGACGACAAAAGUGAGAGCCCCACUUACAGUGACUACAUUGUCGACGCCCACGGGAACCACUUUGUCAAGGGAUGGCAACAGCCCAUCACGCCCAUGCACCCAGAUGUCGACCUCCUUCCACGCGCACCUUCCAUCUUCCCUUAUCUCAACGUCUCCGAGUCCGAGCUGCCCGAAGAAAAGAUAUAUCCCGAUUCCGAUCUUCGUUUGAUCAUUUCUCAGCCACCGGAUCUGCCUGAAGAGCAUUCCAAUAGCAUGCCAGAGGAUGCAUGGUCCCAAAAAUGGAGUGGACCAACGGUCUGGGAUCAGCCCAAAGGAGAGAUGAAAAGAGUCCAGUGGGAAGGGUUCGCCGGUGGAAGGGACCGUUGGGAAAGCGAGAAUGAUAGAAAGGUCAGGGAGGAAAGGAAGGAAGCGGUGAAGAGAGGUUUCAAACAUGCCUGGGAAGCUUAUAAACGCCAUGCUUGGGGACACGACGAAGUCAGACCAGUUUCGUUGACACAUUCAGAUCCCUUCAAUGGCUGGGGGGCUACCAUUGUCGACUCUCUUGACACGUUGCUUCUUAUGGGCUUUUCAAAUGAGUACAAUCUAUGUCGCCCACAUGUUAAUCAGCUCAAUUUCCAUUGGGUUAAUGGGCGCGAUUGGAACGACGGAUACGUUUCGGAGGAACUAAGCGGCAGCGGUGAGGUGUAUGCUCUCAAUCGUGAUAAAACUGUCGGUCUGGCUGUAUUUGAGACCGGUAUCAGGUACCUUGGCGGUCUUCUUGGAGCUUAUGACCUUUCCGGCGAUGAUCUUCUUCUUGAAAGGGCUGUAGAUCUGGCAGAUAUUCUGAGCACCGCUUUCAAGACAGGCUCAGGUCUACCGGCCGGCCGGAUGGACCCUGGUACAAAAGAUGAGAUGAUUCGGCUGGGCACUGUUUCGUUGGCCGAAGUAGGCAGUAUGUCGCUUGAGCUCAUUCGCUUGUCUCAAAUAACCAAAGAUCGUAAAUGGUUCGAUCUCGCACAAAGAGCGAUGGAUUAUAUCCAUGAACGAGUUAUCCCCCGCGGCACCCAUUCUCCUCUGAUUCCUAUGUGGUUCCAACCCGAUGCUCCUCUGACCACUUCGAUGCACGGCGGCCUCACCUUUGGUGGCCUUGCCGAUUCUUAUUACGAGUACCUUAUCAAGACGUACAAACUUUUGGGCACUAGCGAAGUCUCACAAGUGUGGCGAGAUGUAUAUGAGCGCUCAAUUGACAAAGCCAAGGAGACCCUGUAUGUCGACAUUGACAUUGUACCCGGUCGCAAUAUUCUAGCAGUUGGUAAGCUUGAGAAUGGGAGACUCAUUCCAGAGCUCGAACAUCUCACAUGCUUCAUCGGUGCUAUGCUUGGUCUUGGAGCGAAACUUCUGGACAGGCCUGGUGACAUGCGGGAUGCUGAGAGAGUCACCGCAUCGUGCUAUUGGCUCUCAGCAGAUACGCCAACUGGUCUUCAGCCUGAAGUUGUCGAAUGGUAUGCUCCCCAUGAAACCUCGGCCAUGUACGAGAAUGUUUCGAUAUCUGGUGGCGGUAGGCACCACCCCCUGAUUUUCAGCGAGGACGAAUCUAAAGACAGAGAUGGGAUGUACAGGGAUAGAAACGGUGUCUUAAGGUGGACUGAGGACAAUGAGCCCGUUUUAUACACCGAUCGCGAGAAAAAGAAGAACGGACAGACACCUAUCAAAUAUGCCCAGAGACUGAAAGGCACGCCUACCGGCGCCAGAAAAGUAUCGACCCGAGGCCUCAACCGACCUGAAACCAUUGAGUCGAUAUUUUACAUGUAUCGUAUCACUGGCGAUCGUAAAUGGCAAGAGAAGGGAUGGAAGAUGUUUACAUCAUGGAUGAACGCUUCCACAGUGGAUGGGGGAUUCAGUAGUGUCGAAGAUGUCACAAAGUUGCCUGUAAGAUUCGGUGACAACAUGGAAAGCUUUGCUCUGGCGGAAACGUUCAAAUAUCAUUUCCUACUUCAAUCAGAGCCGGAUGUCCUUUCUUUGGAUGACUAUGUGCUCAACACGGAGGCCCAUCCUUUCCUCACCAACCCCAAGCUUGAUCCUAAAGCUCACACGACUCACACUCGCUUUUGGUCACCCCCUCCUUCACAGGAUCUUGGAGUGCGAGGACAAGGUACCAAUGCCCAAAAGUUUGCCCGUCUUGAGGUCAUUGAGCGGGCUUCAUUGCCUUUCCUUCCUGCCCCUCCUCAGAAUGCUCCUGGGGGAGGCGGCGGAAGAGGAAUGGGCGGCGGAGGAGGAAAACCUGGGGUUAUUCCGAAACUUCCUCCAGAGAUUUUAAAAAAGUUAAAUCAGUGAUUGAAAGAGGGAAGAUGGAAGAAGGGUAGUUCGCCCUAUCGCUGGUCGAUCAAGGAGGAUGUGCAAUGAAUGUAUCCACACCAAAGCCGUAGCUGACCACAAUGAUUAUGGACUCAUACAUGCAUUGAUAGAUGUGGCGU